AUUCAAUGUAGAUCUAGUUCCAAAUGUAUUUACCUGUAUUUGCAAGACAAGAGCAUCGUGUUGUAUUUUUCGCGUGACGUCGACUUUGAGUGCCUGGUUGCAAUGACAAUGAUAAAUAACUGGAAAGAGUCGAAUUUUAACGAAAACGAAUGUAGGUCAACAGGAAAGGCCAAACCGGAAGCUUUUCGUUCAGGACUUUGACCUACUUGCUUGGUGGAGGAAGAGGUGUUUCUAUAUAUUCCUUCGUUAAAAUGGCAUAUACAGGCUAUGGAGGUCAGUCUGCAGGAGCUCCAAUAUAUAACCCACCCAUUCCUUACAAGUCUCCAAUAUCAGCUGGCCUGAGCCAUGGGAAGAUGAUCUUCAUUACAGCAUAUAUACCCCAGACUGCUAAUAGAUUUCAAGUAAACCUGGAAUGUGGUAUGCAUGACAAUGCGGAUAUAGCCUUCCAUUUUAACCCUCGAUUUGAGGGUCUAAAUUCAGUGAUUCGCAAUUCACGUGUCGGUGGAGGUUGGCAACAGGAGGACAGGAGUGGUCCAUUCCCAUUCUCUCAGAAUCAGACAUUUGAGAUGAUCAUCCUGACACAGAAUGAUUGCUACAAGGUUGCUGUGAAUGGCCUACAUCUGCUUGAGUUCAAACACAGAUUGUCUGUACAACAGGUCAACACAUUGACUAUAGAAGGAGACAUCAAUGUGCAAAUGAUUCGCUUCCAGGACCCCACUCCACCUGCUGGGGCAUUUCAACCACCAUCUUACAACCCAGGAUUUCCCAUGGGAACAGUGCCUCCAACUAUAGGUGGUCAGCCUGGAUAUCAACCCCCAACAGGGGCUGCUCCUGGAUUCCCCCCAGCAGGGGUUGCUCCUGGAUUCCCACCAGCAGGGGCUGUCCCUGGAUUCCCCCCAGCAGGAUCAGGCCCAGGGUAUCCUCCAGCUGGUGGAGUUCCUCCUGGGGCACCCUCUGGUGCUACUCCACCACCUCCAAGUGGCCCCAGUUUUAGCUAUACAAUGCCAUAUGUAUCAACUAUCCCUGGUGGAAUGUAUGAGGGGAGGAUGAUCUUUAUUAGUGGAAUACCUAACCCUGGUUGCGACAGGUUUAAUAUUAACUUGAUGACUGGUGUUAAGGAGUCUGAUGAUAGAGCCUUCCACUUUGAUGCUAGAAUCAACUGGGGGUCUCCUCGCAACCAGUGUGUCAGGAACUCCUGCCUGUCUGGGCGGUGGGGGGAGGAGGAGAAGCAUGCCCCUUACUUCCCAUUCACUCCUGGGGUCAAUUAUGACAUUUGCAUUUUGGUCACAGACAAGGGUUAUAAGGUGUCUGUGAACAACAAUCAUUACAUUGAAUUCCGACAUCGUCUGAAGGGUCUCACUCGUAUUAACACUUUGAGAAUAGAGGGAUCAACCAAGCUUACAAACAUUAGAAUGCAAGAACAGAUCCGUAAAUCACUAAGUAAAUACACCAACAGUUGCAAGUUCAUAUAUUAUCAAAGUGCAGACAUAUAUCAGGUAGAGCAUAAUAAGAUGAAUUGGGUCUUUGCAAUAGUUGUUCUCGUACAACUGGAGAUUUAUCAGGGAUGUUCUUUAGUGAAACAAGAUGUGGCCCAUCCAAAAUAUGGACCAGUGAAGAUUAUGAAAGAGGCUGAAAAUGUGCUCCUUGCAACCUUUCUCUUUAAUACCAGUAACAUGGAUCUUAAUAUUGGUGAAUUUGAGGUACAUUGUGUGUUCAAAUCCUCAAUUGCUGUCCAGGAGUUUCGAAACACAAGUAUUGGUAUAGUUGGAAUUGUUGUAAUGGACAGCUGCAAGGGAAGCAUGCAGAUGGUUGAGAAUGGGACGUACAUAAUAGCACUUAAUCCAAAUGAUUGUCCAGUGGGAUCACAUAAUGAGCAUUGCUUCAGUUUAGCAGAAAUAACAGCCUUACAAGAAGCUGUGUUUCAACCAAAAGCUGACAAUUUACAAACAGUUGAAACAUUUGUGGAUUCUCAAAUGUCACAGCUGUGACAAUGGAUGAUACUUGUCCCAUGCGUAAUGUAACACCAGAGACGUGUAUAGUAGCAGACAAUGGGGCUGGAAAUGUAGACACACUUGCCAGCUUGUUAUUGGCAAUGAUUCUGAUAAGUUUGGGGAUGUAGAUACAGAUAUAGAUAAUUCAAUUUCCAAUUCAGUGAUACAUAAGAUGGAAUGAAUGUAUCAAAAUUAUUAACUUCACAUCACAAAUGGCAAAAUAAAUAUGUUUAUUUGAAAAAAGAUUUAUAUACUGAUAAGGUGCUUUUAUAAAAAUAACUAUUUAAUUUAUUUUUUUUAGAAAUGGGAAUUUAUGAUAGUCAAUAUCUGUAAAUUAGUCUUAUACAAAAUCCCUGUACUAAUGUUCUUCCACAUCCCUUCUCAAAAUUGAAGUUGAUCAUUUUAUUUUCUGAGAAUGUGUUCAACCAAGCACCACAACAGCAAGAAUACGACUGGGGCAGAUAAACAGUUUUUAAUGGGAUAAUGACCAAGCACACAGGGUCACCCUGACAACAACCAGUACAGUGGAUCAGUUGGGACUGUCACAACAUUAGCAUGCCCCAUAUUCCCCUACUUUUGUCCAGAGUGAGUGGGUACAACAAUAAAAAAAAUAUAGUGUUGAUGGUGGCAAUUAUGGAGAGUAAUAUGUAGAUAAAAAUUGAGCAAUGAAAUGUACAUGAUUUUAAUAAAAUAGAGUGUUUAAAACUAACA